AUGGCCACAGCGGCAGAGUCUUCUGUGGCAAGCCUUUCGCUGAGCGAGAGCGCAUACACGCCGUCUGCGAGCACAAAAUCUGGCAGCUUUGCCUUCCCAGCAUACACCUCCUUUCCGCCCUUCUACACGCUCCAGCCAAAUCUCACGACACGAUCGCGCCAGCUCGAGCUCUGGUCUGCACUGAUUGCCUCUUACUGCGCCCACCACCGAAUCUUCCGCUUGGCUCUCUCUUCGCCGCCCAGCGACCUCUUCUCCAACACCUCCAUCAAGCGCUCGCUCAAGCCAGCAGACAUCCGCGCCGUUCUGGAGCAUAUGAGCAAGCCCGAAAAUGGUCCGAGGGCAGAGUGGAUAGCGCCGACUUCACGCAGCGAAACGAGCAAUACCUGCUACAUCUACUGGAAGACUCCAUCCGAGUGGGCAGAUACGAUCUACAACUUUGUCGAAGAGACCGGCCAGAAAGGCGCUGUCUUGACCAUUUACGAACUUCGAGAGGGCGAAUCGAGCACGGGCAAAGAGUGGCAGGACAUUGAUGAAGCGCUGCUGAGAAAAGUUCUGAACGUCCUGGUGAAGCGCGGCAAGGCGCAAAUAUUUGGUCAAGAAGAGAACGCAGGUGUCAAGUUCUUCUAG